GGUAACCAUUUUGCUGAGGCAACCAGAAGACACAGGACACCGGCAAAUGGAACAUGGCGGAGGGUGAGAAAUCCUCAUACGGACUGGACCUCAGCAAGGAAUGGCUGGAGGCCGCAGACAGCAGGGCGGCGCUGCUCUGCUACCUGAAAGACCAGGUUCCACAGAUCUUCUGUCAGAAGAAGGAGGCCAGCCCUCAGGAGGAGGAGGAGCUCGUGCAGCGCCGACUCUUCUAUCCUCUGGAGUGUUUCCUGUUUGGAGAAGACCCUCAGGAGGGUCUGGAGAAACUUGAGCAGGGCAACACCUCCUCCCAGCUCUGUGGACGUGUAUUCAGAGAGGGAGAGACUGUCUACUCCUGCAGGGAUUGUGCAAUAGAUCCCACUUGUGUCCUGUGCAUGGAUUGUUUCCAGGAUAGUGUGCACAAAACCCAUCGUUACAAGAUGCACGCGUCAUCAGGCGGGGGCUUCUGUGACUGUGGGGAUAUAGAAGCCUGGAAGAUCGGCCCCUGUUGCUCCAAACAUGACCCAGGGGCAGUCGCUGCUAUGGUAACGGAUGAGUGUGUGUUGGAGCCAGAGUUGUGCGAUCGUGCUGAGCAGCUGUUUCGGGUUCUACUGCAGUACCUCACAGAUUUCUUGAUGUGGGAGGAACAGUUUGACCUACCAGAUGAACUCCUGCCUCAAGUAAAAGACAAUGCAUACUACUGUGUACUGUACAAUGAUGAGCACCACUCGUACGACCAUGUCAUCUACACCCUGCAGCGUUCUGUUAACUGUGACCAGGCUGAAGCACAGACACACACAGCACUUAUUGAUAAGGAGGGUCGGCGUGCAGUAAAGAGAGGAACCCUUCGUUCCUGUCAGCAAGCAAAGGACUUCAUUCGGGUAAACAUGUCCCACUCAGAGAAUCUCAUCCUGCAGCCACUGCGUGUGGAGAUCCUUCACGCAGCAGUAAUGGCUCAUCAGACUUUUGCCCUGCGUCUUGGCUCCUGGUUCCAAAAGAUCAUUGGUUACUCAGUUGGCCUCAGGCAGACCUUCUGUCAGGUGGCACUGAAGCCAGACAGAGAUCAGCCUUGUCUCAUCAGCAGACUAAUGCUGCACGACGCUAGGAUGUACAAAGGAGCUCGCAAGAUCGUACAUGACCUGAUUUUCUGUAGCAUGCUAAUGGAAACUGAGUUCAAAAAGCAAUUUGCUAUUGAGUUUACGAAGCACUAUACGCAGCUGCAGAAGGAUUUCAUCAAGGAUGACCAUGAGAGGAGUGUAUCCAUCACUGCUCUGUCUGUACAGAUCUUCACUGUACCCACACUGGCCAGACAGCUGAUCGAAGACGGCAAUGUCAUUAAGGUGGUAAUUGACACUAUAAUGGAACUGCUGCGCGAACAUCUGGACGACAAUAAUCGCUUCUUCUUCCUCGGCUACAACUCUGAGAAAUUCUCACGCAUCCAGCUCAUCUUCCAUGAUCUCAGAUACAUUCUCAUCAGCAAACCACCAACAUGGACUGAAGAACUGCGGAGAGAGUUCCUUGAAGGGUUCAAAGUCUUUCUUGGGCUGCUCAGAUGCAUGCAGGGUAUGGAGGAGGUGAAGCGCCAGUUUGGGCAACACAUUGCUGUAGAGCCAGAAUGGGAAGCAGGUUUUUCUCUUCAGAUCCAGCUCCGCCACAUUAUUGCUAUGUUCCAAGACUGGUGUUCAUCUGAUGAUGAGAUCUUGAUCCUCGCAUUUAAAGAAUGCCACAAAUUCCUGAUGCAUUGCAAUAACCAGCCCUUUCACCGAGAGGCCAACGACUACUAUAUGUGCAAGCACAUCCUCCACGUUCGUCCAUACAAAGUAUCUCAGGAGCCCGUCAGCAUACAUCUUCCCAUCUCUAGGUUACUGGCCGGGUUAUAUGUACUUCUGUGCAGAACGGGGGUAAUUGAACACCUGGAUCAUUCUGAGAGGUAUGAUUUCACCCAGCUGGCCGAACAUCCUCUGCGCUGUGUGGUGCUGGCCGCUCAAGUCUCGGCUGAAAUGUGGCGGAGAAACGGGCUUUCGUUGGUCAGCCAGGUUUACUACUACCAGGAUGUAAAAUGCAGGGAAGAGAUGUACGACAAGGACGUUCUUAUGCUUCAGAUCGCUGCUUCCACAAUGGACCCGAAUCACUUCCUCAUGCUGAUCUUGUUGAGAUUUGAGCUCUUUGAUUAUUUUAAUGGAAGUUGUUCAAGCAAAGACCAGGAUGAACUCUUACAUUGGAACCGACUGACAGAAGAGAUGUUGUACCUGCUGAUCGUCAUUGUCGGGGAGCGCUACGUCCCCGGGAUCAGUCAUGUGACCAAAGAGGAUGUGACCAUGAGGGAGGUUAUCCACUUGCUGUGCAUUGAACCCAUGGCUCAUAGUAGCCUGGUCAAAGGCCUGCCAGAGAAUGAAAACCACGAAACGGGCCUGGAGACGGUGAUUUCCAAAGUUGCCACUUUCAAAAAACCAGGAGUAUCGGGGCAUGGACUGUAUGAACUAAAAAAAGAGCGCUUGGUAGAGUUCAAUCCUUUCUUCUAUCACUAUUCAAGAUCCCAGCAUAGCAAGGCUGAAGAGUCUCAGAGGAAGAGGAGGAGUCAGGAGGGAAAUGAUAAAGCUCUCUGUCCUCCACUGCCUCCGGCCUUUUGUCCAGCUUUCGCCAACAUAGUGCGUCUGUUGUGCUGUGACAUCGUCGUACACGUCCUGAGACGCGUCCUUCAGAGAGUUGCAGAGGAUCGGACAUCUCACUGGACAGAAGCCAUGAUUCAGAGGGCCCUGCACCUAAUCGGUCAAGCCUUGCUUGAAGAGAAAACACAGCUCGAGGACAACGGUGUGGAGGAAGUGACCUUUGAUUUCAGCCUCAAGGCUCGCAGAGUUGGUUCAGAACAUGGAAAGUCGGUGUUCCUCUUAUUGUCCAAAAUUAAGUCUCUUCCUUCCCUCGAAGCUCAGAAAGACAUGGCUAAAUGGCUUCUACAGAUGUUUGAGAUUGUCAAGUGCCUUAGAGAGAAGUCCAGUCCAACGGCGUCCAUGAGUGUGGAGACGACGAAGCCUGAAGAGAGCGUGCAGGACAAGGAGAAAGCGGAGCGGAAAAGGAAGGCAGAAGCAGCCAAACUCCACCGCCAGAAGAUAAUGGCCCAGAUGUCAGCGAUGCAGAAAAACUUCAUCGAGUCAAACAAGAUGCUGUACGACAACAUGCCAGACAGCGGGACACAGGGAUUAGAGCCCGUUACUGCUGAUGAAAGCUGCGCAAUGGAGCAGCAGGAGAUGUGUGUAGCCAUCGGGCCCCAACGAGGGUCAACGCCGUUAAAGAGAGACGUGCUGACCUGUAUUCUGUGUCAGGAGGAACAGGAAGUAAUGGCUCAGGGCCCGGCCAUGGUACUGACCGCAUGUGUUCAGAGGUCCACAGUGCUGACGCAGUGCAGAGGAAAGAUACCAACCAACCGAGCAGAUGGCUCAGGAACAUCAUAUCCUUUAUUCAUGCCUCCUGAACUGGCCGUGGGGACUCACACUGGCAGCUGUGGACACGUCAUGCAUGCCACGUGUUGGCAGAAAUAUUUCGAGGCCGUCCAGAAUACAACCAGAAAUCGACUCCAUGCAGAAGUGAUCAUUGACCUGGAGAACGGCGAGUACCUGUGUCCGCUGUGCAAGUCUCUGUGCAACACUGUCGUCCCGCUCAUCCCACUGGAACCACUGAUGUUCAACUAUGAGAACGCAGAGAUAAUUGGCCAGCAUUUGACCAUGCCCCGCUGGAUCCAGAUCCUCUCUGCGAGGAUUAGAGGUCUCAAGUCAGUCACUCAGGACAAUGAUUCCAGUGCUGAUGGCGAAAUGGGGCUGUGUGGACAAGGCCAGCCAGACUUCCGAUCCAUUCUCAGCUAUGGAGUACAAGAGCCGCGAAAGUUCUCAGCCAGCAUAUCAGAGAUGCUGGUUGUGUGCGCCACCAUCGUCCACAGAGUGGGAUUGCAGACGGCACCCAAUGAGCUGUGUCCUCGCGUGCCCCUGAUGGCGUGGAACACAUGUGCCUUCACCAUCCAGGCCAUAGAAAACAUCUUGGACGAAGAAGACAAGUCGCUCUUCGGGUCCUUACAAAACAGACAGCUCGCGGGUCUGAAGGCGAUCGUUCAGUUUUCAGCGUCGCAGAGACUAAAGAGCUCCCAGACUGUGAUCCAAAGGCACUUCACAGACAUGCUGGGCGUCUUGUUACCUACCAUGGGCAGAAAAAAUACCCCGUCUCUUCUGGAAGUGGACUUUUUUCAUCUUCUGGUGGGCUUAGUGUUAUCUAUACCUUCGCUGUACCAGGAGGAGGCUGUGGACUUACAGCCGUCUGCCGUCAGCUCUGCCUACAACCACCUGCACAUCUUACACCUGGUCACCAUGGCACACGUGAUCCAGGUCCUCCUGACCUCUACAGAUUUCAAUCCAGCGGCGGGUGGAGAGGAGACGGAGGAAGCGAGAGCAGCAGCAGAGCUCUACAGUGCGGUGUCACAACACACUGGAAGGCUCCUUCCAGAUGUGUCUGGCAGCUCUGUGGCCGAAAGAGUCAAGAGGGGAAUUGCACCGUUCCUGCGCUGUGCUGCUCUCUUCUUCAACUGCCUUACUGGAGUCAGUCCUCCAGAGGAGCUUUCGAGCACUUCAGUUACUGCCCAAGGACAGAUGGAGGCGCUAUGCAGUUACCUGGCACUGCCUUCCAAUGUGUUCCAGCUCUUCCAGGAGCACAGAGAAACCGUUAAUCCACUGCUGCAGAGGUGGAGCGGGAGUCCAGCUAUAACCAAAGCUCUGAAAGGCAAAGUCCAGACAGUCAGAUAUCCCAGGACAAAGAAUCGUUUGAUUGUUCUUCCCGACGACUACAGUGCUCUCCUCAAUCAAGCCAGCCAUUUUCGGUGUCCCAAGUCUACAGACGACGAGAGGAAGCACCCGACGCUGUGUUUGUUCUGCGGGGCCAUGCUGUGCUCGCAGAGCUCCUGCUGUUUCAGCCAGCUCGAUGGGGAAGACGUGGGAGCGUGCACCGCACACGCCGCCACCUGUGGCGCGGGUGUGGGAAUGUUCCUACGGAUAAGAGAGUGUGAGAUUAUUCUGAUGGCGAGCAAGACUCGAGUAAGCACGUAUCCUGCUCCUUACCUGGACGACUACGGGGAGACUGACCCGAGUCUUGUACGGGGCAAUCCUUUGCACCUGUGCCCAGAGCGCUACAGGAAGCUGAACCAGCUGUGGCAGCAGCAUUGCAUCCUGGAAGAAAUCGCCCGCAGCCUGGAAGUGACCAAUGUGAUGUUUGCCUUCGAGUGGCAGAUGUUGUGAUGAUCGUAGCACACGUGUUGGGGCGGGGGGAGAAAAAAACAAACAACCCAGAGCACAGCCAUUGAGCGCUAUCUGCUUCAGUGCACCUGAGGCUCUCACACACACACACACUCACGUAGGUCACGUAUACACAUAAGCAAAUAACCCUCCUACAAACCCCUCCCUAAUAAAAGACCUGCUGCAGUCCAGAGGUGGGAGUGUCAGAAAGUGGGCGCAUGACGGAGGACGACGGGUUUAUCUGCGAACACAAAUCGCCUUGUUUUACUUUUAAGUUUCUUUUUGCGUUAUCUUAUUUGCAAAGAAGCAAAAUUCAAAUAAAGACACAACAUCCAGUACACAUUACCAUUUCUUUUUUUGGUUUCAAACUUUAUAUAUUUGUUUCAGUCAUGAGCGAUGCUGUGCUCUCUUGUUUUGUUAGCUAUUAUUUGUUCUAAGUUAUAUAUUAUUGAAUUGUUACAUUGAUUUUGGGAACAUGUAAAGGACUGACACUUCACUUCUGCUCAUUGAUGGUCCAAGUAAAAUAUUGAUAAGUGCAUUUUCUUAUUAAUUAUAAGUGAAUAAAUGGUGUGCAAAAAUAUACUAUUUGCUAACACGAGAAACCCCUUUACAAAAAACUCCAAACCCGUCUUAGUCAAAUAAACUGUAGUAUCAUUAACUGACUAUUUAAUCUUAUUGAAGGAAACACAGUCCUCUCAGAUUAUCGCUCACAUUUCACCGUGUGUUUAGUCAAAGGAACUAUUGCAAUAUUCUAUUUAAGGAAUAGAAGUGCACAGUUUAUUGAAAACAUGUUUUAUAUGAUAUAUUUUCCUCUGCUAAUUCAUAUAUUAUUGUUAUUUUUGCGCUGGAAACGUGGGAACGCGCCCUUUUGUUUUGCUUUUUGUGUUGUUAGCCAGUAUUACAUGAUUCUUCCAGGUUGUGUAAAUAAAGACACGAGCCGAUCUACAGAGCAGUGGUGUCAAGUUUCCAUCGUGUGAAAUGUAAAAAGGCUCCAAGCUCCACACACAAUGUUUGUCACUGAAAUGCGUCUUGUCUUGUCCGCGUUCAAUAAAAGAAAGAGCCACUUUCCACCAUUAACAUUUA